CAUCCGCUCAGCUCCCCAUUGACGUCACUGUGGUAUCACAUGAACGAGCCGGGACCAAUCCGAGACGUGCAGUCAAAGUGCCUGGUUUCUUCACGAAGAUAGAGGAAAGACAGAAAAGGGAACCGUGCCAAUGAGCUACUAAAGAGAAAAAAAAAUCCACGAAGAGAUACGUCGCUCUCGGACUCUUUUUUUCUAAAACAAGAAUUAUUUUUUAUGUUUCUGAUUUCUGGAUUAUGCCGUCGCGGUGAUCGGUGUAAUGGAUAUAGCAAUGGCCCGAUCAUAUUAAAUAGCUGGUGUCGGGGGGGAGCGGAGCGCGGAGAGGAAGAGACAUUUCUGGGGUAAUCGUGCGCAGAGAAAAGAGGACAGAAACCCCACAUCCCCUCUCUUUCCCCCGUCAGGGAAUCCUCUCCAAUCGUCAUUUCAUGGUUUUUCAUUGUCUGUGUCCAGUCGCAUAUUUCUUUUCAUAAUACAAAUACAGUAUUCGGUCGUGCAGUGGUAACUACAUUUACUCGCAAUCGUUCUGGUUUUGGUUGCCUUUAAAAAAAAAAUCUAAAUUGCAAUACGAUUGUUUUUGAUAUAUAGUUUUUAUAUUUUUGUAGCGGUAGCGUUCGUCCAACUGCUGGAACGAUUAAAUAUGGAUUUUAACAGCAAUGGAGGGGGUAGCGAGCUCCACAACAAUCAGUACCACCAGUCGGAAGAGAGCAAGCCUUUACUGGGGGAGAUGUCUACGCCGACGCCGCCGGAGGGGAACAAUAAUAAUAAGAUGGGCGCCGGGCCGGGUCGUAGAACCCUGCUCCACAGUAGCAGCGGGAUGCGAUACAAGCUCCUUCAGGAGGGAGACAUUCAGGUGUGUGUGGUCAAGCACCCUCGCACCUUCCUCAGCAAAAUCCUCACCUCUAAAUUCUUACGGAGAUGGGAACCCCACCACCUAACCCUGACGGACUGCAGCCUCGCCUCAGCCACGCCCACAGGCUACAUGGAGACCUCUCUCUCCUACAGCAGCAUCGAGGAGCUCCAGCCCCUCAUCUGGGACAAUGCCCCCAAAUACUGCCUUCAGCUCGGCUUCCCCGGAGGGACCGUGCUCCUGCAGGCAGCCAACAGCUAUCUGCGAGACCAGUGGUUCCACUCUCUCCAAUGGAAGAAAAAGAUCUACAAGUACCGGAAGGUUCUGACCAAGCCCAGCCGCUGGGAGGUGGUUCUGAAGGAGAUCCGGGCCCUGGUGGAUCUGGCCCUGACCUCACCACUGCAGGACGACUCCAUCCACCAGGCCCCCCUGCACAUCAUCUCCACCCUGCUGGCUGAGAACUCCAACCUGAGUGCUCAAGAGCAUGAGAACAUUAUUGUGGCCAUCGCCCCUCUACUGGAGAAUAACCACCCUCCCCCUGACCUGUGUGAAUUCUUCUGCAAGCACUGCCGGGAGCGGCCACGGUCGAUGGUCGUGAUCGAAGUGUUCACACCUGUGGUCCAGAGAAUCCUCAAACACAACAUGGAUUUUGGGAAGUGCCCUCGGCUCCGCCUCUUCACUCAGGAGUACAUUUUGGCUCUCAAUGAGCUCAAUGCUGGAAUGGAGGUGGUGAAAAAGUUUGUACACAGCAUGCACGGCCCAACGGGACAGUGCCCCCACCCCCGCGUCCUCCCGAACCUGGUGGCAGUGUGUCUGGCUGCCAUAUACUCCUGCUACGAGGAGUUCAUCAACAGCCGAGACAACUCCCCCAGCCUGAAGGAGAUCCGGAACGGCUGCCAGCAGCAGGGCGACAGGAAGCCCCCCAUGCCCCUGCGUCUCCUCCGCCCGGACCCGCCCACGCCCCCUCCCGCCACACCGCCCUCCCUGUCCCUCUCCCCGCCGCCCUCCCUGCCCCUCUCCCCGGCCCCCUCGCUUCCCCUCUCCCCGGCUCCCUCCAUCGUCAACUCCAGCCAGAUCCUGGUGGAGCUGGAGCGCAACAACAACAGCAGCAACAGCGUGGCCCACAGCAAGCUGAAGGGCCCAGCGGGGGGCGACAGUGAGCCCAACCUCAUCGACUGCCUGCUGGUCAGCCCUGCACUCAGCUCCCUGUCCAUCCAGCUGCCCGCGCAGGCCGACCGAGUGCUCGGCUGCUUCGCCCUCAUCCUCAAGAUGCUGUCUGACUAUGAUGACUGGAGACCAGCAUUGGCAAGUCUACUGCAGCCAAUCCCUUUCCCCAAAGAGGCCCUUGCACAUGGCAAAUUCACAAAGGAGCUGAAGUAUGUCAUUCAGAGGUUUGCAGAAGACCCCAGGCAAGAGGUACACUCCUGUCUCCUCAGUGUUCGCUCUGGAAAGGACGGCUGGUUCCAGCUUUACAGUCCAGGGGGCGUGGCCUGCGAUGAUGAUGGAGAGCUCUUCGCCAGUAUGGUGCACAUACUGAUGGGCUCCUGCUACAAGACCAAGAAGUUCCUCCUCUCUCUGGCUGAGAACAAGCUGGGACCCUGCAUGCUGCUGGCACUGCGGGCAAACCAGACCAUGGUGGAGAUCCUGUGCCUGAUGCUGGAAUAUAACAUCAUAGAGAAUGACGAUACGCAGCUGCAGAUCAUCUCCACUCUGGAGAGCACGCAGGCCGGCUUCAGCAUGUACGAGCAGCUGUGUGACCGACAGAGAGAGCUGCGGGAGCUGCAAAGAAAGGGGGGUCCGACUCGGCUCACACUUCCCUCCAAAUCCACAGAUGCGGACCUGGCUCGGCUCCUGAGCUCCGGUUCCUUUGGGAACCUGGAGAACCUCAGCCUGGCCUUCACCAACGUCACCAGCGCCUGUGCCGAACAGCUCAUCAAACUCCCCUCACUCAAGCAGCUCAACCUGUGGUCCACCCAGUUUGGUGACGCAGGGUUACGGUUGCUGUCGGAACAUCUGGCGUGUCUGCAGGUGUUGAACCUGUGUGAGACGCCCGUCACUGAUGCCGGUCUGCUGGCUCUCAGCUCUAUGAAAAGCCUGUGCAGUCUGAACAUGAACAGCACCAAACUCUCUGUGGAUGCCUACGAGGACCUCAAGGCUAAGCUGCCCAACCUGAAGGAAGUGGACGUCCGUUACACAGAGGCCUGGUGAUCGCACACCCGUGACAUUAUCACCAUGCUAGGACCCUCUGACAUCAUCCGAAACAAAUCAGGACCUUAUGACAUCAUCCCCAUCGCAGGAUAGACUGACAUCAUACCUGGCACCAGGACCUUAUGAUGUCAUCCUAACAACAGGACCCUGUGACAUCAUCACGACCACACAAAUCUUUAUCACCCCAGGACCUUAUGAUGUCGUCCCCAAAAGCAGGACCUUAUGACAUCAUUUCCACCCUGUGAUAUCAGGGACCAGGACUGUCUUUCUUGUGGCAUCGCCUAAAAGGCGUCUCUGCAGUGAGAUGUGUCAAGUAAAAGUUUGGGUUUUUGUGAGUGGUUGGCCCCUUCUUUGUCCACAACCUCUGACCUUUGACCAGAGGCCCUCCCAGAGCUCCAUGGAGUUCACAUGGAACAAAGCGGCAGACAGGGGAAUCUGCUUCCUCCGCUUUUCCCGUUCAGGAAGCUUUGGUCGGAAAACCACUCUUAUUUAAUUUGUUAGGGUUCUCGUGGUGUGAGGACCAUCGUGACCGGCAAGCCUGGAAAAGCCACAGGCGAGUGCCGGUACAAUGACGUUCAGUUUGAACCAUGGCGAGUCGAGAAUUGCAUCUGGUGGUGAGAAUUUAACGCUUGUUAAGUUCUGAGUUUUUUUCCCCCUGACCUGGACGCCAGUCUUAUUCGGUCAGGUUGUCUGGUGGAUAAAGUUCCACUCCAGGCAUAUGAAACCACAGUAAAAUACUGUGUCUGUCUCCCCCACUCACUCUCCCACUGUCUCCCAUCUAUUUUUAUUGACUUGAAUGAACAUAUUUUUCCAGACAUCUCUGCUUUCAUAUACUGUGUGUUUAUAUAUAGAAUAUAUAUUCUCCUUUUGACCUUUUUCAUCUUAAGUCGGGUGUUCUGCCCAGUCGCCUAACAUACAUUUGAAAGGAUUAUUAUUUUUCUUUCUAAAAACAGUUUUAUUUCCAAUGUACAUAAGUCUCCCCCCGUAUUUAAAAGAAGGGUUAUGUAAGAGGUGGUCUGGUACUACCUUUUAUUUCUGCAUUUGUCUCACUCUCUGUCUCUCUGUCUUUCUUUCUCUUUCUUUCUCUCUCUCUUUCUCUCUGUCUCUCUCUCUGUAUCUCUCUGUCUCUCUUUCUCUCUGCUCUGGUUACUGUCUGUGGAAACAAGCAUUGCGUCAUCAUUUCAAUGUGCAUUUCUUUUUUGAUUGGCCAAUUUAGUCGUUUCUCCGAUUGGCUGUCCAGUGAUUAACAAGGAAAAAGGAAGGUCUGUGGAACAGAGGAAAGAGGAGGAAAACGCUCCCUCUGCAAUCAGUCGAGACCAAACUUAUUUUUCAUUUAUUGUAUACGCUUUUUAUAUACAUACAUCAUGUGUAUAUAAAUGUAUAAAUAUAAAUGUAUAUAUUCUCCCUUUCCCCUUCUACAGGGGACAGCUGUUGCCUUCAUAUUCAGGGUGUGUGUUUGUAUGCAUACGCACAAGUCUGUGCGUGUGUACGCGUGGGUGUUUUCCUCAGCAUCAGCACUGUAAUUACAUUUCAACUGUUACUGUGCUUUUGCUGAUCAAUCUUUUAACCUUAUGUUUUAACCGUUUGAUUUGAUCAUUUCAGUCAGUUUGUUGCUUGUGCUUUUGCAUGUACAUCUGCUUCUGUUAUGUUUUAAUUUUAUAAUAUUGCUGUCAAGUGCAGAGUCCGAUGGCACCUGCAGGUGCCGCUUCUUAUGUUAGGACAGAGACUGUUUGGGGUGACACUGUACGUCCAUGCAAGUAUGUGUGUGCGUGCAUGUGUGUAAUGAAGUACACGUGUUCUAGAUUAUAUUGCCCUAUGAUUGGAGAAGCUGAUCGUCUGUAACAUUGACAUUGUGUAGGUAUUACACCAACACACCAGAGCCAGAUAAAUUCAUUACUGUUUUGUGUACAAAUACACGUACCCACACCCAGUGGACAUAUACUGUUUCCUAAGCAAGGUCUCUUUUCUGGAACCCUGCUGUCGUUGGUGAUUUACACCGCACAUAUUUACCAUGCCGUUUGACCACACUAGCAGACAUAGGGGUGCGUAUGUUGGUGGGCGUUUAGUUCCUCUGCAUAAAAAAACAAAAAACACUUCAACCAAGGUUUGCUCGACAGCCAACAUAAGGGAGGAUGUUGAGAGGUUUUUUUUCAUUUUUUUCAUUUCAAUAGCUAUAACGGAAACAUGUUUUUGGUCUGUUUGCCGAACUGUGGUCUGUAUCUAACCUGUGGAUCUCCUUCAUCUAGUCCCUCUGUGUUCUGUCUGUCCACUCCCCCUUAUCAGAGUGAAUUAGUGAGAAUUCUUCUCUGACUUUGGCUUUUCUGUUACCCGAAGUGUCACUGGGUGGACUUGUGUCUUAUCGUGUGGGCCCGUGGCCUCCCCACCAGCCCCCCCCCCCCUCCCUGUCAGCCCCGCUGAGCAAAGCUGUGUGUGUGCGCAAAAAAAAAAAAAAAAACAACAGACAAAUUUUGUAAAGAUUGUCAGCGAAGACAUGGGUCGCGUCUCUCCCGGCAGCUGUUGCCGCCUUUGUUCUAUGACUGCCAUUGUCGGGAAAAAGACAGAAUGAACACAACGAGGCGAUGGAGGGAAGAAGAGAGAAAAAUAUGCGAUGUGAAAAAUAAUUUCAAGAGAAAUAAAUGGUCUGUCAAUAUGUUUCA